AUGGCGCCACCGGCCUCCAGAUCAGAAGUUCUAUCUCACCUUCGCCAGCUGAUCAAAAAUGGAAAGCCCAUUGUCGGAGCAGGAGCGGGCACAGGCCUUUCGGCCAAAUUCAUCGAGGCAGGCGGUGCCGACCUGAUUAUCAUCUACAACUCAGGGAGAUUCCGUAUGGCAGGCCGAGGCUCUCUAGCCGGUCUCAUGCCCUAUGGCGAUGCCAAUGCCGUGGUCGUCGACAUGGCAAGUGAGGUGCUUCCCAUCGUCAGCAAGACGGGUGUUCUUGCUGGAUUGAAAAGUAUGGGCUUCUGUGGAGUGCAGAACUUCCCGACGGUUGGCCUGAUUGACGGCACUUUCAGAGCAAACCUUGAAGAGACAGGAAUGGGAUAUGACAAAGAGGUGGCGAUGAUCGCCGAGGCACACAAGCUGGAUCUCUUAACCACGCCCUACGUUUUCAAUGUCGACGAGGCUGAGCAGAUGGCCAAAGCUGGCGCAGAUUGCUUGGUGGCACACAUGGGGCUGACGACUUCGGGGAGCAUUGGUGCGAGGACUGGAAAGUCACUUGAUGACUGUGUUGAAUUGAUCCAGAACAUACGAGAUGCUGCAGUCAAAAUCAACGACAACAUCAUUAUUCUCUGCCAUGGAGGACCGAUCGCUGAGCCGAAGGAUGCCAGCUAUGUCCUUGGUCGCACAAAAGGGGUCCAUGGUUUCUUCGGGGCCAGCAGCAUGGAGAGAUUACCGGUCGAGAUUGCCAUCACCAACAGGACCAAAGAAUUCAAAGAUCUGCAAAUCAACCUGUCGUGA